CGACGAAGAAGAUUAGCAGUAGCUUUUUCUUGUUGAACCACUUAGCAAAAAAAUGCCAGUGCCAGUCCUUCCGCUCAAAGAGGAUCUCACCAAAAGUUCUCAACAGCAGGAUCCUGAGAGGAUUGCCCGCGCUGCUUGCCAUGCUGCUGCUUUCAACGCCGUUCUUUCGCAUCAAACACGUGGACAUGAACAAGUGACCGAGACAGCGAAGACGUCUACUACUAAACAGCGUAACUACGCGCGUCAUGUGUGCGAGACGACAUUUACGCGAUUGCGACAAGCACGCAGUAGAGCCUGGCAUUGGUCACGGCAAACUGGAGAUACAAAAAUUAAGGCAGAUGUUCAUGAUCGUGAUAUAAUGAUUAAGUCUCAGUUUUUUUUCGUUUUCCCUUCCCCGUGAUCCGGAAAAAAUGAAAGUUGAACUCAAACAGGUCGAUGAUUUAUCGUUACCAGGUCGAUGAAGAUUAUUUAUCGUUGUCGACCGCUCUAAUCACAGGCGCGCAGUUGCUCGGGCAACCAUACGUGGCGAAUCCUAUCUCAAGUACAAGAACCGCGUAUCCAAACCCUAUCCAUAUCCUAUGUUCUUGUCGUCUUCAAAACAAAAAGCGUCUUCGGCCUACAAUCCGGAUCAACAACGCCUGGACCUCGAGUCAUUGUCAUCCGAUGGAGCAAUAAAUGAUCAGGCCACGACAGGAAUGGGAGAUCCUGUUGGAGGGCAGGCUUGGGUGAAGGCCAGACUGGCUAGACCCUUGAGGAUGCCAAUGCCCAGUCAGAGCGCGACGCUAAUCAUAAACGGCCUGUGCAUCAAUGCCUACCCAACUCUGAAGCUCAUCGUCCGGAGUGAGAAUCGCAGCUGGAAACAUGCGCUGAGGUAUGCGCCGAAAGACCCUAGUGGACUGACGUUUCUAGAAAAGGACGCAUGGGAAGUCGUUCGACUGGGACUGGCUAUGUGGCUGCAAAACGAGCAUAUUCUCAGCACGAAAGAGGAAGACGAAGAGGAUAGAGAAUGGCAGAAGGAGAAGUAUCUGGCGAGUAUUAGGACACAGUCUUUCGACUUUGAGUUUGACAUUUGUUUAUUGUACUUUCUACUCACUUGUUGUAACAUCAAGACGAUGGGCAACCAAGUUAUGAAAGUAAUACUUACGUAGAAGAUCGUCGUACUCGAUGAACUAGUCGACAUUCUUAAUGUGAGCAGCCGACGUUGGAGUCAACUUUAAUACUCUCGAAAAUCGAGGAGUUGACAGGGACCGAGACGCGAAAGCGACACACUUAGAAACGCAAGAAUGGAACCAGCUUCAAGAACUAGGCGUGCCCACGCAAUUGGGUUCACCAGCAAAGCUAAAUCAUCACGCUUCUGCGUCGAGCAGUACAGGUGGUGGAGAUGAGAAGAACAGAACGCCAUUGCUGAUGAGGCCACUCUAUUCGGGUGUCAGAGUCUUGCGCGUCAUUCAAGGCAAGUACAAUCCAAAGCAUGGCUGCAAUUUUGUGCCGUCUUUAAGGCUACUUUUUCACUCUGCCACGUGCUCUUGUCGUGAGAUGUCGACGUGAGUACUAGACUCUCUUUGUUCAGGGCUACACAUACUAGUCGGGACCAAGAACUACGAAGGAGAAGGACUCACUUUCACUCAACUUACUAUGGUCGGAGAAUAUUGAAAAGAAAAAGAAACGCCACCUCUAUCUCUAACGCCUCCAGACCAACGACGUGGAGCAAGACAGUCACCAGACGGCGUCGAACUAGCCUUGACCUUAUUUUUCGACAAUUACCAUCCUGCAACAGCUACCCAGAUUGCGACUGAGUUGUUUGCUCCCCAGAACACCUACUUGGCUAGUGGAUCCAUGCGCGUCAUUUCAUCGCAGUGGGAAACUAGAUACAACACCUACGACAAGACUGCCCCAGAUGGAGGCGAAGAUGCUCCAUUUCCAGAUGAGCAGCAGCAAGAUGAAGAAGAAGAAGGAGAUUGGAGAACAACUAGUGCAGACACGUCGAGUACGACAACAGGUAGUUCUUAUUCUAUGAUGAAGGACUACGUCGAUAAGAACUCAGCUCACAAGAGCAAGCACGUCCCCAAAAGCAAGAGCAAUACUACUUCUGGCACAUCGCUUCGUGCAGCACAACUGUCACACCAAGAACUACUCAAUGCUUUGGCGAGGCGCGUACGCAACGAAGGGUAUGACAGUCUCGUAGUGGAGAUCCCGAGGCCUCUUAGACAAUAUGUCAGGGAGAGUCGCCGGAUGCAGCAGGGUAAAGCUGGCGUCUUCCUCGCAGAGCCGGGACCUUACAUUACCAACUGCCAUGUGUACGCGUCAGAGCAGACAAGAUACAGCAAACGGCCAUCCGCUGGAUUUGUCAAGAUCGCCAUACUUAAGGGAGGGAAGACAGUUCUGAGUCGUUUUUUUUACUCUGGUUUUUCGAUUUUGCCGAAGAAAGAAUAGAUAUUGACAUUUUUAGUAUUUUCUUCUUAGUUGUAAACAUGCUCAUAUUUUUCUAACAUCAGUGAAAGUUGUACCUUCCAAAAUGGACAGUACUUGUUACUGCGAUUCCGCUAUCCGAUAGCAGACUUGCCGCACGUCGCACUGGCAGCAGGCGGGCUUCACAGACUGCUCAGUGUGCCACCGCAAACGACGCAUCGGCCUGGGACGAUUACUACUGCUGCAAGUACAUUAUGGACGAGGCGACGGGUAGACCGACAUUGUCUAGAUGAUUUUUUAACCAAGUAGCCAAAUCAUGAUGCAAGAACGUAGAAGACGUACCAUACAUCAUGAAAUGGAAAUUUAGAUUUUCCUCCAGUACAACUGCAUCUAAAAUCUCUAAUCCCAAUAACCUGGACAACUCUUUUGUACCAAUUUGGAGCCUUCCUGGGGAGUGCGAGAGAACUCCUGCCAUAUCUCAGGGACACAGAACUAGGCUUCUCAUUUGGCGAAAGCAAGAUUGAUUGGGGCUUAGCAAACGCGGCAAAGAAGAAAAUGUUGCUGACAAAUUCUGCGGAAACAGAAGCGAGCGUUGUUAGGAAGCAGGAGCAGCGUUCUUUAUGAAUGUUAAAGUUCUUGUGGAGGUAGUGAUAGAGGAGUUAUUGGCUCCUCUGAAUGUGCAUGCCGUUGCAUUUGUAUCGAUGCAUCUUUCAGGCCGAUCUCGUCCACAGUCUCGUCACUCCCUUACUCUCUCUCAGUUUUUUCUAACUUGUUCAUCUAGAUCUAGUACGACCAAAAGAAAGCCGCCAGCUGUUCCAGUUGUGGAGAAAAAACAGCUUAUGCAGCCUCGUGUGGAAUUUCCGCGACCCUUUGCCAAAGAUGAGCGCGACUUGUUACUCAGAGGCAAGACCGACACUCUCGCACAGACGCCCUUCGUCAAACUCCAUUGGUUGGGGAGAGCAGUAGCAGAAGGAGCUUCCACGUAUUCCCUAGAAGUCGCGGGAGAGGGAGCAAGGACGUUAUCUCCCGAGAGGCAGAAGAGAAUCGAGGAACAAGAGACGAAGUUGAAGAAACGGGCUCGACCCCUUCGACCUCUUGCCAUCUUCAACCGAGAACGAAGAGUGCACAUCACUCGCGCGCUGCGCCCCACAGCUUCGUCGUUGAAUGAUGGGCAGCAGUGGCUGCUUCCGGAAAAAGUAAAAUUCCACUAUGGUUGCGACCAAGCGUUAGCAAGUAACGGAUUUCGCCUAGAUGUGCACCAUUUGAUGAACAAAAUGGUGGCUUCCUCGGCUGGGGGUGUGGUAAUUGACGUGGCUUUGGGUUCAGGACCCGGUAUCACCACAGCAUUUGGAGGGAUGACUACGGCCUCAGUGGUUUCGAAAAGAUUGCGAGCUUCUAAGAAACCCGAUAGUACAAAGAUCAACAAUCGCAAUCCUGUAGUGAUAAGCACUAGCACUAGCAGUUCCACCAGCCACACGGUUUCUUCUAUUGUGAAGCACAGCAAGGACCCGGAUAUCAACAAGAUUAUCAGGGAGACAAAUGUUUAUGCUACAUUUUUUGCAGCAUUGAGUCCUUUUGGUGAUCCCGCGAUGGCACCCUGGGCAAAGAACAGCAAAGAGAAAACUAAGACGCUCUACAUCGAUCCCAAAGCGGCCAAGCCACAGCCAGUUUGGGUAAACUUUCGUCCUGUGCCGCGACGCGGUGUCAAGCUCAUGGAUGGGGACAUCGUAGACCUUGUGUCUCCUUUCAAUCCCACAAUCACGGACUUUCCACCCUACAUUUUCCGUUUCAGAGUGGAAUAUGGUCUGAGGGCGCCGAUUUGCAACGCCUUGAUUGACCACCCAUGCCUACGGAGUCUCCCUGCUGUGCCGAAAGAUGAAUUUGUUCACCACGAGAACAGGAAACUUCUGCCGACAAACUUCUCCGCGAAGCCAUCUUCUUCUUCAGCUUCAUUACGCCCUACCUCCAGUAAAAAAGCAGCCGCUCUCGGAGGUUUGAAUCCGUCGAUACCUUUUUCAGGUGGUGCCAGUAGUAGUAAAGACGCAGCAGGAGCGAACAAAAGCGUAAGAUCCGAGAUUCCUUGGUUGGAUUUGUCAACGAUAUUCUGUGACCAUAACUUGCAUCUCUUGAUGCCUGAUAAAGAUACAUCUUCAAGGUCGUCAUCUUCGUCUGCGAUGUCAUCUCAUUCGAAUGCGACAGCGCUUUUCUGCAGUAAGAGCAAAAGCAAUGAUGCAAAUUUCCUGUCAGUGGGAGGUGUGUCUGCCGAGGACAUUCAGCGCGUGAUCGACGAGGAAAGGGAUAAGAUUUAUCUGAAAAUGAAGAAGCAGGAGAGGCGCGUGGUGGAUCAGCCGCGUGAUGAACAAGGAGAUGACGAAAACCUCCUUGACGUGGAGAAUAAGCGGAGAAAAUUAGAAAGCAACGAAGUCGAAGGCUCGAAAUCGAAGACAACAUCCAAUAAUUCCAAUUCCAGCAACUCGUCAAGCGAUGAGUCUCAAUCUUCUACGCCAUCCUGCAUGCCUGAACUUCUUCUACCGCCAGACGAGGCAGCCUUACGCAUAUUCAAUCCAAAGAAAGCGCAUACACAGAGUAAGGCAAAAGCGCUUACACAGAGUAAGGCGAAAGCGCCUGCGCCAGGGUUCGCUCAUCUACCUCCGAGUAGCAGUAGGGGCGUUGGAUUUUUUCCACCACCCGCUGCCGAAGUAUUUCCAGCACCGCUUACAACUAGUAAUAUUAUGAAUGCAGCAGCAAGCUUUCCGACUUCACACUCAAAACAAAGUGGUGCUCUUCUACGGCCACAACUACAAGGGCAAGCUAGAAGUACAUCUUUGUCUUCUUCAACAUCCGUGAAUCUUCAGAGUAAUGUCCCACUACAGCCGCCUCCGCCACCUGGAGCAAUGCCACCACCAAGCCUGCCCCCACCACGUAGGAGAACACCUUCGAAUUUGCAGCCCACUCGUGCUCCGAAUUUGACAGCUCAUGACCUGUUGUUUGGUUCUGAUGAGAAUGCGACACAGGGUUCUUGAAAGCUAAAAAGACAAAUGCGAUUGCAGCUGAGCAGCUGUAUUGCUUCGAGAUAAGUAGAAGAACCACCUAAGUAAUUAGUGCAAUCACAACCACAAGAACCUCAUCGUGGAAGAUCAUUAUACUUUCCGAGUGUCUCUGGGUCUCGUGAACUUCUAGAUGGUCGCGCUCGCGUGUCGUUAUUCUCGACUUGGUCCUAAGACCUUGAUGGAAGUGUUCUCAUGCCCAGACAUGCUUUGGACUCUUC